GGGGACAGUGCUGGGGAAAGCAGUCAUAAUGGGCAGCAGGAAGUUUCUGUAUAGAGGUGACUGAUGAUAGUGACUCGUGAGUAGAAAAUGUUGGCAGCCCUUACCGUUUGUUUACCUCGUGAUGGCUGCAGUCAAACACUGGUGUCGAGACUGUUGAUUCCCACUUACCGUAGAUACUCAACCAGUUCUAUAGCUGCGAACGAGUUUAUGGAGCACCAGGGUUCAAAUACUAAUAAAAUAUGAAAAAGAUAAGUGCCAAAUGCCAAAUUAGAGGGGACACCUGUAUACCUGGUGAAGAUAACCUACCUGUGGGUGACGAAGGAAGAGGUGAUCAUAAUGUUGAGUCUUCACCUCCUGUCCACCUGGGGAACGUUGGAGUCAAACUGGAGAAUGAGGGGCGUGUGGAAGGCCCCGCAGGACUGCUAGAGACUGUGGAGGAGGUAGUGGAGGCGCCUUGGGAGGAAAUAUCGGGACCAGACCUCUCUCAAGCUUAUGUGGUUGAUUUAACCCAGCAAUUCAAUCGCAUUUUCGUCCAAACAUCAUUUAAUAGCUUUAAAGAGAAACAGCAGCAACAGUCCGGAAGCAGCAGCAAGAUGGAAGGAGCUGAGAGUGAUGACAUUGGAGCUUCUUUCCUGACCUCAGAUCAGUACAUGGUGGAGGCUCACAGCGUGCACAGCCAGCAGCAUGAAGAUGAGGAGAAGGAAGAAUUGCCACAUGUGCUGCGGGAACAAGACCGUUUUCUUCCCAUUGCUAAUGUGGCGAGGAUAAUGAAACGAGGCAUCCCCAAGACUGGCAAAAUUGCAAAGGAUGCACGGGAAUGUGUACAAGAGUGUGUGAGUGAGUUCAUCAGUUUUGUGACGAGUGAAGCCUCAGACAGGUGCCAUCAGGAAAAGAGGAAGACAAUAAAUGGGGAAGACAUCUUGUGGGCGAUGAAUGCACUUGGCUUUGAGAACUAUGUGGAGCCAUUGAAGAUAUAUCUUCAGAAGUUUAGAGAGUCAACAAAAGGAGACAAACCAUUGGAAGGAUCAGUUGAAAGCUCAUAUGAAGUUGAAUUUGGGAAUAGCAUGCCCACCUUUACCACUGACCAUGUUAGCCAAUCGGAAAUAGUGUGUACCUAUGGUCCUGGCCAGGUGACUCAACAGUUCACUCUAGGCUGAGAAUAGAUACUGCUAUAGGUGUUACUGUGUGUGUGUGUGUGUGUGUGCGUGGGUGUUUGUGUGCUUGUGCGUAUGUAUUCAUGAGUGAAAUUAAUACUAUGUAGGGCAGAGGUGAAGAACUAAUGUGUUGUAUAUUUUCUUACUUGACUAUUUAUGAUCCGAGUAUGAGUGUGUGUGUGUAGAUGUGUGGUUUGUAUGCACAUUUCAAUAUUCCUAACAUUCAUACUGUCUGCCCUGAAGAAGGAAGAACUAGAGUGCUUAGGCUAUGUUCAGCUGAUUUUUGUAAACCAACAAUGAGUCACUUCAUUAUUUCCAGACUCCUAGAGAGAAACCAAAUGUUCCUUAAAUUUUUACAUUGAGGUCUCAGGGAAAGUAUUGUGUACUUACCGUAGUGAGGCAGUCUGUUUGCAUUCCCUCAAGACGAGGUUAAAUGCACCACAAUAUGCACCAUAAUCAACAAAUAUCCCACUCAGCAAACAAAGCCUGUAUCAAAAAACACAGGGUGGUCCAAAAGUCUUGGAAGAUAGAUAUUAAUCUUCAAACCAGCAGCCAGAUUGAAUCCAAAUCACUGUUGUUGUUUCAUUCAUGAGUCAUCUUAGGUUGUGCAGUGAUGUUUUUCCAUAGUAUCUUACAUUGUUUUUGUGGGUUAUCAAGAAAUAUACCUGUUGUGUGCUUUCUCAUUAUAACUUUUGUGCUAUAGGUUUAUGAAAUACUAUAAAUGCUUGUAGAUCACCAGCUGUGUUGCAGUUAAUGCAUACAUGAAGAAAUGGGGUUGUAUUCAAUCACCAGUGAGUUUUUACUGUGUAAUUUUACUUGGUGUGGACACUGGUUCUUAUCUAUCCCAAUCUCCUUUUCCUGGUUUAAAAAGGGAAAAGUUUGGUUUCUUUGUUUCUUUAUUUGUGGUUUUUCAAGUGCCCUGUCCAUAUGUCUGAUACAUUUUUUUUAAGAAUGACUUCAUGUGUGCAUAAAAUCUACUCGGUUUCUGAAUUUGAUCAAGUUAGGAAUGGUGGGCAAGAGUUUGCAAAAUAUUGGACAGUACUUAAAACACUACAUGUGUACCAUUGAUUAUUGUAUUGAAAUGGCUUAUACCUUUGCGAAGGUAUCAAGGUAAUUUAGAAGACUUCUGGCCACCCUGUGCAGUGUUUUAGUAAUAAGUGUGUGUUGGGGAAGGCAACAGAAUCACAGACUUGGUCCUCCCAUAAAGUUAUGUUGAAUGUUGUUAUUUCACAUAAACUUUGAUUUAUUCAA